AUGCACUCCUUAUANGUUUCUGAGAAAACAGUUGAUACAUUCCUGGAGCAAGAUGUGCCAGUAGAUGUGCUUGAUGACCAGUUACUAAAACAAUCUCCAGAGCACAGGAACCCUAAUCCUCCUCUAUCUCAUUCAUUUUCACAAGAAUCGUUCGCGCAGGAUCAAUUGCUGAAAGUUUAUCUGAGUUACCUCAGGCUUCUGGUGAAUUCGAGAGAUGAACUAGCUUUGUCUCAGGCCAUCAAUAUCCCUCACAGGGACUUGGCUCAUAAACAAUUUACAGUAUUGAGGAAAGUUGCAAGGGAAAAAAACAUGCCUAUGUUUCAGGUACCACUCAAUUUCAGGUGUUUCAUUAAGGAAUGGGCACUGAGCAAAUUGACCACUUGUAAGGAAGUUUUUGCCCACCUGAUUUGACCAUUUAGAGGAAAGUUUAUCUUA